GUUUUGGGCGACCGUGAAGAAGAAGAAAGAAACAUAAUUGUUAAACCCUAUCAAGCUAAGCAACUCCCUUCACAUUCGCCGGAAGCUAAAACCUCUUAAAGCACUGCCAUUUCCGGCGGAAAUGGCGGGUCCGUUGCUCCGAUGUCUCUGGUCAUCUUCUCGUAGAUCUAUUUCUUCCUCUUCUUAUCAUCACAAGUCUCAUCUUAUCUCAAAAUCAUCCGUCUUCCCCAAUCUCUUAGCGCGCGCUUUUUCAGCAGCCACUGCUACUUCUGCUGCUGGCGUCGCACCGAGUAGCGACCUUGAUCCGAGCCGACUUAGGAACGUCGCGGUGAUUGCUCAUGUUGAUCAUGGAAAAACUACACUCAUGGACCGUUUACUCCGGCAGUGCGGUGCUGAUAUUCCGCACGAGCGAGCUAUGGAUUCGAUUAGUCUUGAGCGCGAGCGAGGCAUUACUAUAGCGUCGAAGGUUACCUCUGUUUCAUGGAAGGACAAUGAGUUGAACAUGGUGGAUACGCCUGGUCACGCAGAUUUCGGUGGAGAAGUAGAACGUGUUGUUGGAAUGGUUGAAGGCGCAAUUUUAGUUGUUGAUGCUGGUGAAGGUCCAUUGGCACAGACAAAGUUUGUUCUUGCAAAGGCCUUAAAGUAUGGCCUCCGGCCCCUACUUCUUUUGAAUAAAGUAGACCGACCAUCAGUAACUGAAGAGAGAUGUAAUGAAGUUGAGAGCUUGGUAUUCGAUCUAUUUGCAAAUCUGGGGGCUACAGAGGAGCAGUUAGACUUUCCUGUUCUUUAUGCAUCUGCUAAAGAAGGAUGGGCUUCGGAGACUUUCACUAAAGAUCCACUUGCCGAAUCGAGAAAUAUGUCACAGUUGCUUGAUGCCAUUGUAAGACAUGUUCCUCCUCCCGCGGCAAAACUUGAUGAACCUUUUCAGAUGCUGGUUUCUAUGAUGGAACGAGACUUUUAUCUUGGACGAAUAUUGACCGGGCGUAUUGCUUGUGGCAUCAUUCGUACUGGUGAUAGAGUUCAUGGACUCCGAGUGAAGGAUUCUGGCGUUGAGAAAAUUGAAGAGGGAAAGGUUGUGAAAUUAAUGAAAAAGAAAGGUACGACUGUUGUUCAAAUUGAUAGUGCUGGGGCAGGCGAUAUAGUGUCAAUGGCUGGGUUGGCACAUCCUUCGAUAGGUCAUACUGUGGCUAAUGUUGAAGUUUUGGCUGCUUUACCUACUUUUGAAUUGGAUCCUCCUACUAUUUCCAUGACUUUUGGUGUUAAUGAUUCUCCACUGGCAGGUCGCGAUGGUACACAUUUGACCGGUGGAAAAAUUGGUGAUCGAUUGAUGGCUGAAGCAGAAACAAAUCUUGCCAUAAAUGUGCUUCCAGGCUUGUCAGAAUCUUAUGAGGUGCAAGGGCGAGGCGAACUUCAAUUAGGUAUUCUGAUUGAGAACAUGAGACGUGAAGGAUUUGAGUUAUCUAUUUCACCGCCUAAAGUAAUGUAUAAAACUGAGAAUUCCACGAAGCUUGAGCCAAUUGAAGAAGUCACUAUUGAGGUUAAUGAAGAACAUGUUGGUUUGGUUAUGGAAGCCUUAUCGCAUAGGCGUGCCGAAAUUACUGAGAUGGGUCCAGUCCCAGGAAACAUUGGCAGAACUAGAUUGUGUCUGACAUGCCCAUCCAGGGGCUUAGUUGGUUACAGAAGUGUGUUUAGCAGCGAUACACGUGGAACUGGUUUUAUGCAUCGAGCAUUCUUGAAAUAUGAGAAACAUCGGGGUCCUCUUGGAAAUGUCCGAAAAGGAGUACUGAUAUCAAUGGGCUAUGGAGCAAUUACAUCUCAUGCUUUAAUGAGUUUAGAAGCCCGAGGAACUCUUUUUGUGAAUCCUGGAAUGGAGGCUUAUGAUGGAAUGAUUAUUGGAGAACAUUCUAGGGACUCAGAUCUAGAUGUUAAUCCUGUAAGAACUAAAGAAUUAACCAACGUCCGUGCUGCCUCCAAGGAUGAAAACGUGAAGCUAUCUCCACCUCGACUUAUGACUCUUGAAGAAGCCAUAGGAUACGUAGCAUCUGACGAACUUAUUGAGGUUACACCAAAGGCCAUUCGUUUGAGAAAGAAAUACUUGGAGGUUAACAAGCGCAAAGCCAUGAGCAAGAAGCCCAAGGAAUGAACUCCCUGGCUCUUCAAACGUUGCUUCUUGUAGCUUUAAUAGCUGGUUCGUGUUGGGUGUACUAAAAUUUAAAGAUCAACGAGCAAAUAUCGAACUUAUCUCACUUCGGUCGUUCAAGCGUGCAUCCAACACCAUAUCAUAUUCUUUUUGACCACCUGAGAUCAAGGCGCAGAAAUAAUAAUACAAACAAAAUAUUCGUUUCCUCUUUAUAUAGUAGGCUAAACAAAGCAUAUGUUUUGAUUUUUAUAGCUGCGGCUGUUAAAUUAGCUCCUUUACGAGUUCUGAUAACAAAAGUGGAGUAGAAUAUUUACUAACUUCGUAUCUAUUUGUUGGCCUUUUUUUGCAAAUAAAGCAUACAUAGGAGACCUACCAUCCCAAGCAUCAAAUUUAUGUAAGCUAAUUUCCAAAAAUGGGAACAGUUAACCACUAAACCAUUUAGUGGGAAACCCUUUUCUUCUCUUUCA